AUGGGAAACGUGUUCGGCAGCUUGUUUAAAGGCCUUUUCGGCAAGAAAGAGAUGCGCAUCCUGAUGGUCGGAUUGGAUGCUGCCGGUAAGACGACUAUCCUCUACAAGCUCAAGCUCGGAGAGAUUGUUACCACAAUUCCAACUAUCGGAUUCAAUGUGGAGACUGUUGAGUACAAGAACAUCUCAUUCACCGUCUGGGAUGUCGGAGGUCAGGACAAGAUCCGUCCACUCUGGAGGCAUUAUUUCCAAAACACACAAGGACUCAUCUUCGUCGUCGACUCGAACGAUCGUGAGCGUGUCGGAGAAGCUCGCGAGGAGUUGAUGCGCAUGCUAGCUGAGGAUGAGCUUCGUGAUGCCGUUCUCUUGGUCUUCGCCAACAAGCAAGAUCUUCCACAAGCCAUGAACGCCGCCGAAGUCACCGAUAAACUUGGACUCCACUCGCUCAGAAACCGGUCAUGGUACAUUCAGGCCACAUGCGCAACAUCCGGAGACGGUCUGUAUGAAGGACUCGAUUGGCUCAGCAACCAGCUCAAGAAUCGAUCUUAA